AUGCAAGAAGAACCGAAAAAAAAACCCUCUGGCAGUAAACGAGGCAAAGGAUCAUGUACAGGUUGUGGAGAAGAGUAUGCUUGUCGAUACAAGCCUGAAAAAUGUAGUAAAUGCGGCUAUGAUUUAGGCGGAUCGUUCAAGCCAAAGAAUGCGACACGCUCGAAAAAAUGCAACCCUGAUGUCGUUCGAGUCACACCCAAAAUAUUUUCAGUGAAAACCAGCAAGAAAGAUGAUCGGUGUUUUGUUGUGAGAGAAGGAAAUAAUAUUAUAUGCUUGCACAAAGACUGUAAGGAAUUAAGGGCAACAUAUUCGGCAACUGGUAGCUUACAUACAUUCAAAUGCAAGCAUGUGAAUGACAUAGACAAUUUUCCAACAGCCAACCCACUGAAUGUCUAUUUUCUUGACGAAGAAAUAAUUUUAAAUUAUUUGGGGGAUUCAUCUGCUAAAAAAACUCUAAGUGAUCUACUAGAUAUCAGUCCUGCAGACCAUCCUUCCGUUUCUCGUGUCACAGACUCUUCCUAUGUAGUAUUUGGAUGA